AGGAGAAAAGAAAAAAAAACAAUGAUUGAACGGGUUAAUUUUGAGUCAUACCAGGCUCCGAGAAGUAGAAAAAUGAGAAAAAAAAUUCCUCCGCCGCAGCGACAGAGAGAAAGAAACUUUUACUUUUAGUGUGCAUUUAUGCGUAUCAAGAGUAAACUUGACGAAUUCCCGGAGUGUAAACAUUAUUUCAGGCGUGAAAGGACGCUGUUAGUUAAAUAAAAGCCUUAAAAGAGUUUUCAUCUUUUUUAGACUGGCAGUAGAUCCUCGCUGACUUCAGCGGAAGGAUACGUGUUUCUGUUCCUCCUCUCAGUGUGACUUCUGCUGCGCGGAGAGGUGGAAGACUUUCUCACUGCUGACUGAGACUUGUACAAGUUACAUUUAUGUUUGAUUUAAGUGCUUUUACUGGAACAACCUGUGGAUAACUUCUUAAAUAUGGCUGACAUUUUUUAAUCUGGCACCUCAGGUACUUUUACCCUGUUAACUGUGAGUGACCCAUUUCCGACGAGACAUUUUUGAGAACUAGCUUACCGCUCCAGGAGACAACUCAACUUUGGGCUGGCGACCUUAUGUGGAUUUUACAGAAAAUAUGGAGCAGAUUCCCGGUUUCUCCUCGGGCAAAUCACUAGUCCUGAUCGUCUGCUUCAUCCACCUCUCUUUGGCCCUGCAGUGUAUGGAUGAUAAGGCUCCCUGUGUGAACAAUGCUACAUGUCUGACCUUCAGCAAUGGCACCGAGUACUGCAGGUGUGCCCCAGGCUUCCUGGGUGAGUACUGCCACCAUAAGGACCCUUGUCAACCUGGCUACUGCCUGAAUGGAGGGAACUGUUCAGUGUCCAUGUUAGCAGGUGUACCUGUCCCGGGCAGCGCCAUCUGUACCUGUCCUCUUGGCUUCACUGGUCCGCACUGCCAAACUCCCCAGAACUCAACCUGUUACCCCCACAACCCCUGUGCCAACAAAGGUGUCUGCACCCUGCUGUCGCUCGACAAGUACAAGUGCGAGUGUGCCAGAGGCUGGACAGGUCCCCGGUGUGAGCAGGAGGACAGCUGUCUGUCCAGUCCCUGUGCCAAUGGAGGAAUAUGCAGCUCUCUGUCUGACGGAAAAUACACAUGCUCCUGUCCAAAUGGCUACAUCGGUCCGCGCUGCCUUAAUGACACCAAUGAAUGUGCUGUUACCCCUUCUAUAUGCCAGAAUGAAGGAGUAUGCCACAACACCCCUGGUUCCUACAAGUGUUCUUGUGCCCCAGGGUUUACAGGCAGAAACUGUGAAAGCUCUUACAUCCCGUGCUCACCUUCACCCUGUCUUAACGGAGGCACCUGCCACCAGAACUCUGAAACCAGCUACUCCUGCCACUGUCUUCCAGGUUUCAAUGGGACAAACUGUGAGAACAACAUUGACGAUUGCCCCGGUCAUCAGUGUGCAAACGGAGGGACCUGUAUGGAUGGAGUUAACACGUACAACUGCCAGUGCCCUCCAGAAUGGACAGGUCAGCAUUGCACAGAAGACGUGAAUGAGUGUCGCCUGCAGCCAAACACUUGUCAGAAUGGAGGAACCUGCAGCAACCUGAUUGGCAGCUAUGUCUGUGUGUGUGUUAAUGGCUGGAGCGGACCUGACUGCUCCGAAAACAUUGACGACUGUGCAACAGCAGCAUGCAGCCCCGGCUCCACAUGCAUUGACAGAGUUGCAUCUUUUGUCUGUCUCUGCCCUCUGGGAAAGACGGGUUUGCUCUGCCACAGAGAUGACGCCUGUAUCAGUAACCCCUGCAGAGAGGGCUCCCAGUGUGACACCAACCCCAUCAGUGGCAUGUACAACUGUAACUGUCCGCCUGGAUAUAUAGGCAGCACCUGCCAGACUGACAGAGACGAAUGCAGCAUUGGUACCAACCCCUGUGAGCAUGGUGGUCAGUGUGUGAACACUGACGGCUCCUUCACCUGUAACUGUCUCAGGGGUUACGCUGGGCCGCGCUGUGAGCAAGAUGUCAAUGAGUGUGCUUCAAGCCCCUGCCAGAACGAUGGCACCUGUCUGGAUCGUAUAGGGGACUACACCUGCAUCUGCAUGCCUGGUUUUGAAGGCACUCACUGUGAGAUAGAAGUGAAUGAGUGUCUCAGCUCACCAUGUCUGAACCAGGGGAAAUGUCUGGACCAGGUCAGCCGCUUUGUCUGCGAGUGCCCAGCAGGCUUCAGUGGAGAAAUGUGCCAAAUAGACAUAGAUGAGUGCUCCAGCACCCCCUGUUUAAAUGGUGCCAAGUGUAUCGACAGACCCAACGGAUAUGAUUGCGAAUGUGCUGAAGGCUUCACUGGUCUUCUCUGUGAUCAGAACAUUAAUGACUGUGUACCAGAGCCAUGUCACCAUGGUGUGUGUAAAGACGGCAUUGCCACCUUCUCCUGCGAGUGCUAUCUUGGAUACACGGGCUCCAUCUGUAACAUCCAGGUCCAGGAGUGCCAUAGCAACCCUUGCCAGAACCGAGGACGCUGCAUCGACCUGGUCAACGCUUACCAGUGUAACUGCCCAUCAGGGACCACAGGAGUGAACUGUGAGAUCAAUGAAGACGACUGUGCAAGCAAUCCCUGUGAAUACGGAGAGUGCCAUGAUGGCAUCAACGAGUACAAGUGUGUGUGCGCUCCAGGAUAUACAGGUGUAAAAUGUGAGGUGGAGAUCAACGAAUGUCACUCGAACCCAUGUUUGAGUGGGGGUACCUGCCUGGACAAGAUCAACGGGUUUCAAUGCCUGUGCCCACCCAGCACCCACGGCCCACUGUGCCUGUCUGGAACAGACCACUGUGCUCCACAGCCUUGCGAUCAUGGAGAAUGUGUUGAACAGCAACACGGGUACCAUUGUGAGUGUGAAGCUGGCUGGAAGGGACAUCACUGUGAGGAGGAAAAGGACGAGUGCCAGCUCAAUCCGUGUCAGAACAGUGGCAGCUGCUUGGACCGACACAAUGGCUACACCUGUCAGUGCCAUCCUGGAUUCAGAGGUGUGAACUGUGAGAAGAACGUCGAUGAAUGUUUGUCCGGGCCCUGUCUGAAUCAAGGCAUUUGCAUAGAUGGAGUUAACAGUUACUCGUGUCAAUGUAGUCCACCAUUCACAGGUAAACACUGUGAGGUAGAGCAGGUUCCCUGCGCCUCUCAUCCAUGUGAAAGGGGAGGAGUGUGUCGUCCAUCUGCAGACUACACUUCUUAUAUCUGUCAGUGUCCCACUGGCUGGCAAGGACCACGCUGCGGUGAGGAUGUGAAUGAAUGCAAAAAGAGCCCCUGCAAAAAUGGCGGCCGUUGUAUGAACAAUGCAGGCAGCUACAUGUGUAAAUGUCAACCUGGAUACAGUGGACACAACUGUCAGACUGACAUCGACGACUGCUCCCCCAACCCCUGCCUGAAUGGAGGCUCCUGUGUUGACGGCAUUUGGAGCUUCUCCUGUGACUGUCGCCAGGGUUUUGAAGGGGAUCGCUGUGAGACUGAGGUGGACGAGUGUGCCAGCCAGCCCUGCAGGAACGGUGCCAUCUGCCGGGACUACGUCAACAGCUUUGUGUGCGAGUGCCGACCAGGCUUUGAUGGAAUCUUGUGUGAACACAACAUUCUUGAAUGUACUGAGAGCUCCUGUCUAAAUAAUGGGACUUGCAUUGAUGACAUCAACACCUUCUCUUGCCGUUGCCGGCCUGGUUUUUAUGGGACCUUUUGUGAGUACGAGCAGAACGAGUGCGAUUCUCAGCCCUGUAAGAACGGAGGCACCUGCAUUGAUGGCCUGGACACCUACCGCUGCACCUGCCCUGUCGGCUACAGUGGACGGAACUGCCAGAACUAUGUGAACCUGUGCAGUCAGGUGCGUUGUCUCAACGGCGGCUCCUGCUCACAGACAGCCAACUCCUGGAACUGCCACUGUUCAUGGGGUUGGACAGGACUGUACUGCGAUGUCCCCAACCAGUCCUGCCAGGACUUUGCUGCCACUAAAGGUAUUGAAGUGGAGAAUGUGUGUGAGAACGCCGGGCGGUGCGUGAAUGACGGCAAUUUCCACAAGUGUUUGUGCCAGCCAGGAUACACAGGCACGUACUGUCAAGACAAGGUUGAUGAGUGCAAGUCAAACCCUUGUCGUAAUGGAGCUACCUGCAAGGACUACCAGGGCACAUACGAGUGUAUUUGUAAGCCAGGCUUCCAGGGGGUGAACUGUGAGUACGAUGUUGAUGAGUGCCACUCUAAGCCCUGCCUACACGGAGGAACCUGCAUCAACCUCAUCAACCGCUUUGCCUGCGCCUGCCCACAUGGAACACAUGGGCUUCAGUGUGAGGUAAACGUGAAUGACUGUGCCCCUCACCCCGGCUCCUCUGAACCUCGCUGUAGAAAUGGAGGACAGUGUGUGGACGGUGUGGGUCGCUAUACAUGCUCCUGUCCUCCAGGAUUUGUUGGAGAACACUGUGAGGGCGAUCUCAAUGAGUGCCUGUCUGGGCCCUGCCACGCUCCUGGCAGCCUCGACUGUGUGCAGCUGGUCAACGACUACCAGUGUCGCUGUCGCCUUGGAUACACUGGUCGUCAUUGUGAGUCCAUGGUGGAUCUGUGUCUGUCCAAACCGUGUCACAAUAGCGGACUCUGCUCAAUGAACAUGAGCUCAGUACAUGGCUAUACCUGCUCCUGCCCACCUGGCUUCACUGGAUUCAAUUGUGGAGAAAUAGUAGGCUACAGUUGUGAGAAGCUCCGUUGUCAGCACGGUGGGCGCUGUGUGGAGUCACCAGUUGGCCACCUGUUCUGUCAGUGCCAGCCUGGCUUCAGUGGGCCUCACUGCGAGAUCGAACAGAGGUGUCCGUGGAACUGCCAAAAUGGAGGAACCUGUGUCAAAGACCCAUCCAACCCAUACCAGUUCAGCUGCCGCUGCCCCAUGUACUUCUCUGGACGAUACUGUGAGAACACACUCCUCAUAGCACCCACUAUGCCCUGCCCUUAUGAGCAGUGUAAGCAGCAGUCUGGGGAUAAAGUGUGUGACGAUCAGUGUAACAACCACGAGUGUCAGUGGGAUGGAGGAGACUGCUCCCUCAACUGGCGGCAGCCGUGGGUUAACUGCACCGCAAGUGUUCCCUGCUGGGAUUUCUUUAAAAAUGGACGUUGUGAUAAAGAGUGUGACAACCCCGGGUGUCUGUUUGACAGCUUCGAGUGUCAGGAGACCAAACCAGCCUCUUGCAAGUAUGACAAGUACUGUGCAGACCACUAUGGUAACGGUAUCUGUGACCAGAGUUGCUACACAUCGGCUUGUGGCUGGGAUGGCCUGGACUGUUCAUCUGACACUCCAGCCAAACCGGUGGACGGCUUGCUGGUUAUUGUCGUCCGGCUGCAGCCCAAGGAGCUGCUUGGAGACCUGAGGGGUUUCUUGCGCUCACUUGGAGCGCUCCUGCACACCAACCUGAAGGUGAAACUGGAUGACAACAAGAGGCCAAUGGUGAUACCUUACUACGGUACAGAGGAGGAGCAGGAUCGACAUGCCAUGAGGAACAGACCCAAGCGGGAGCUGGAGAGGGAGGUUAUUGGAUCUAAGGUGUUCCUGGAAAUCGAUAACCGUGAAUGUGUCCAGAGCUCUGUGGACUGCUUCUCCAACACUGAUGAAGCAGCUUCCUUCAUUGCAGCAGCACACAUCAAGGCUGAACUUCCGUACCCUCUAGUCUCUGUUAAUAACGCGUUUCAACCAGGUGACCCGGUAGUUCCACCAAAGUCCCCACUGCCGUACCUGGUCGGAGUUGCAGUGGUUAUCAUUCUGCUCAUCCUCGUGCUUGGGAUGCUAGCAGCCAAGAGGAAGCACAAGAAUGGAUUACUGUGGCUGCCUGAUGGCUUCAUGGCCACUAAAAACGACAAGAGGAGGGAGCCUGUGGGACAGGAUGACCUGGACAUGAAGAAUUUCAAGACCCAGGAUGGAGCCAUGAUUGAUGGAGGUCAGAGUCAGAGAUGGCUGGAAGACGAGGUCCCUCACAAGAAACCAAGAACUGAAGACAAACCCUUGCUGCCCAUGGUGAUGGAUGGAGGCGUUGACCGCAGGGAGUGGACCCUGCAGCAUCGCAAGGCUGCUGACAUCACCCUCACUCCUCCUCAGGCUGACCUGGAUGCUGACUGUCUUGAUGUUAACGUCAAAGGGCCUGAUGGCUUCACUCCUCUCAUGUUGGCUUCGCUGCGUAAUGGUGGAGGUCCUGACUGCAGCCUGCACGAAGAGGAGGAAGAGAGUGGAGGAGAUGAACCUGGACCGAGUGUCAUUUCAGACCUGAUCGCUCAGGGAGCUUCUUUGAUGGCCCAAACUGACCGUACAGGUGAAACGGCGCUCCACCUUGCUGCCCGCUAUGCCAGAGCUGAUGCUGCAAAGAGGCUGCUGGACGCUGGAGCCGAUCCCAACGCCCACGACAACAUGGGCAGGACUCCACUCCAUGCUGCUGUGGCUGCUGAUGCCCAGGGAGUCUUCCAGAUUCUGAUCCGUAAUCGUGCAACAGAACUGGAUGCCCGCAUGAAUGAUGGCACUACUCCACUGGUCCUGGCUGCCAGGCUCGCUGUGGAGGGCAUGGUGGAGGAGCUGAUCCACUGCCACGCUGACAUCAAUGCUGUAGAUGACCAUGGCAAAUCUGCUCUGCACUGGGCAGCUGCAGUUAAUAAUGUUGAGGCCACUCUGGUGCUUUUAAAGAACGGAGCCAACCGUGACAUGCAAGACAACAAGGAGGAGACUCCUCUGUUUCUGGCAGCACGAGAAGGCAGCUUUGAGGCAGCUCAGGUCCUCCUUGACCACUACUCCAACCGUGACAUCACAGAUCACUUGGAUCGACUUCCUCGUGAUACCGCUCAAGAGCGCAUGCAUCAUGACAUUGUGCGCUUGCUGGACCAGUACAACCUGGUCCAUAGUCCGCACAAUGGGCCUAACCACAUGGGUGGGGGAGGAAAUUCUUCUGUUAUGUGCGGGGCCAACGGAGCAGGUUACAUAGGUAUGCGCCCCGGGCCACAGGGGAAGAAGAGCAGGAGGGGUGGAGGUGGGUCAAAGGUGGGAGGUGUCGGCGGGGGAGCAAAGGAUCUGAAAGACAUGAAGGCAAAGAGAAGAAAGAAACCUGCCGGAGGAGAGGGGCCAGGUGCAGGUGCUGGAGUGGGAGGAGGAAAUGGAGGGGGAACAGGAGGAGGGAGCGCCAACGGCGUUAAGGCAGCAGGUGCACUUCCAGAGAGCUCAGUCACCAUGUCACCAGUGGACUCACUGGAAUCACCACACUCAUACACAGCUGAUGUGUCUGGCACCGUCUCCACAACGGCAAACUCGCCUCCCCUCCUCAGCAGCCCCACUUCCAGACCCAUGCUGCCCCCCGUCAGCCACAUGCUGGGGCAGCAGCAGGGCUGGGUGGGGAUGACGAAGCACGGCUACGGUGGUCACAUGUUUGGCCUUGUUCAGCACCAGAUGGGGGGGUCUCACCCUGUCAUGGGCCAACACCACAGCCAGGGCCCCAUGCUCACCCCCAUGAACGUCACCAUGAGCAGAGAGCAGCUGCCACCUAUUGUCACGUUUCAGAUGAUGGCACCCGGAGGAGGCCAGGCCAUGAUGAAGCAGCCUCAGCAGGGCCAGGUUCAGGUCACACAAGCCCAGGGCCAGACCCAGAGCCAGGGUCACUCCCAGCAGGGUCCCGGCCACCUCCACUGCUCCCAGAGUCUAAUGUACCAAAUGCCUGAGCAGUUGACCAUGGCCCACGGGCUCUCACACUCCAUGCAGCACUCCCACACCGUCACCCAUGGGGUUCACAGUGGGAUUGAGGGCCAGUCUCGGCCGCUACCCUCCUAUCCACCCAUGCAAAGCCCAGUGGAUAAAUACCCCACGCCCCCUUCCCAGCACAGUUACACCCCCGCUGGCUCAGAGGGCACCACCCCUGGCCACUCCGCCCACCCACCAAGUGAGCAUCCAUAUCUCACCCCCUCACCAGAGUCCCCAGACCCCUGGUCGUCCUCUUCACCACACUCCAACUCGGACUGGUCUGAUGUCACCACGAGCCCCACCCCUCUGGGGAACCCUCACCACGCACUGCCAUCUUCACACCACACACACAUUCCAGAGCAGGUGCAGCUGCAGCCACAGUCACAGCAGAUGCAGCAGGGCUCUCAGCAGCCUCAGCUGGGAAAUAUGCAGGUGUUUGCGUAGGCUGGACAGAGGAAAGCUAAACCAGACUGACUUUUGGGCUCUGUGUAGUGAAAUAACACAUAGUAACUCAUCUGAUGCUUUUUUUCCCCUUUUCCCAUUAGUUUACUUUGUUUGUCCUUUAUCAUAGUAAUCCGUCACAUACCCUUCUAUGUUUUCUUCUCCUCUUUGCACUUAAGAAAGCUCUGUGUAUAGUGUCUAAAACGUUGAGUAUUAUCAUCUUCACAUCAAAGUUCUCAGAACCAAAAAUCUGUGGAGUUAGCUCUCAGUCAUCAGCUGCAAUCAAUUUCCUUCGAUUCCAGCGGAGGAUCCUCUGCUCUCUGUGGGCCAGGUCAGACUUUUCUUUUCGGCCUGUGGCACCAAAACAGAAACUAUUUAUGGAGGUAUCUUGGAGGAGCUGCUGACCCAAUGGCUGUUAGCUGGAAGAGAUUGUUGAGAUGGACUGAGAUCAGACGGAGGAUGUCCUGCAUUGAUAUCAUCUGUUUUUGAGAACAUUGUCAUUGUGUUCUUCUAUAUGCUAUCCUUUUCGAUGUUUAAUGUGAUAAGCCUGCCAAUACUAACUCCUCAUUGAAACCAUUCUCUCCUAUUUUUAAAUGAUCGGUCACAUUCAGUUGUUGCUUUACGUCAGCAAAACGACCUAGUUGAUGCCUUACUAUUUUAGAAUUCAUGCAUUUUGUUUAAUGUGCUAUGGGAGAAUUUUACAAAACGGUAUUGCAUGAGUAGAAAAGACAAACACCGAGAAACUUACAGUAAACAGAAAAGCAAACGGAAACAUCUUGUUACUUAAUUGCUCUAUAUUUGUGCGAAGAAGUUAAAUGUAUUGACUUUUUUAUUACAGUUUUCUAUAUCAGUGUUUCCCGUUGAAUAUUGUCCAUCUGAACCCACUGAAGGUUCAGUAUGAGUACAUGACGUGCCUGUUGUAGGUGCAGCAAGAAAGCAGAGUGAUUCCCUUGUUUUGAAGGCAGUUACUGUUGCAAUCAAAUAGUUUGAAUGCAGAUGUCUCGCCACAGACGAUGCCACUAUACCGAGGGAUUCAUGUAGAAGCUUGUUAAACUUUAUGCAAAUAAAAACGGUUUUAGUUUGUUUUAUGAUGAAAUGUACAUAGACACUGCACAUUCUGCUUGUUACUGAGCUCCAUUUGUUGACAUUUUAAAAUGUUUUUUAUAUAAAUUCUGUUGGCACUUCUUUAUUGAUCCUGAAUGUUACAGAGGUGCAUGUUUUUAUCUUUUAAACUGCCUCUUGCUAAAUGUUUUCCAAAAUCAUUUAACAAGUUUUGCAUUUUGCUUAACUACAAUCAGCGUAUCUGAGCACCUUUUAAUUGUCAUGAUUCAUGAACCAAGUCUGGAGGUGAGUAAGGGUCAAUAAAGUAUUGUUUUUUUUGUCUUCCCUCUUAUGGUUGAUGUUGAUCAUAGCUUUUUGUGACUACUCUGUACACAGACAAUCAUUCAGUCUUUUAUAUUUGAAACUCCAAAAAGAAGCGUCAGUGUUUCUAAGCCUUACAUUUUUAUUCUGCCAAAAAUGUACAUCACUUUCUCAUUUUUGUUGGCUUGGCCCACUUUUUAGUCAGUGUUGUGAUCUGUAAAGAACUUAACUCGGCACAAACAUCCAACAAAAACAAUAUUUUGGGGGAAAUUAAUGACUGCUGCCAGUCUCGGAAGAAAAAAAAGAUUCAUAAAAAAACUAAACACCAGUGAUGUCAGACCUCUGGACCGUUUUGUCAGUACUUAUGUUUCUAGAACAUACAACACUCUACUCUUAAACGUCACCCUUUUCAAUAAUUGAGCAUGUCAGUGCCAUUCAUAUGCAAGACAAGUCUAUGUUGUGUACAUAAAAUGUUUAUUUUUUUUUUAUUUUUUUUUUUUCUUUCCUCUGUUAACCAAAUAGCCUACAAUGUACAUGCCAUAUGAAGUAGUUGUCACCAUGUUUGUAUGAGGUAGAAGAACUAAAACUGAUGAUAAAAUUAAGAUGUCUGUCGCAAAAAAAACCAAAUGAUCAACCAAAUGUGCUUACUGAAAUAAAACACAGAUCUUCAUA